AAAGUCGUUAGUUGACAGAUUUUUGUAAAGUCUUACUUAAAAGAAUGGAGAUCACGUGGUAUCCAAGUUUGAAGAGAUCAGAACCAGCCUAACCAGAAUGACACCAAUUCAACAAUCUUAAUAAGUUUUUCUUCAGAUCAUUGUACUCUUCUUUUAAAAGCUAUUUACUUAAAUAAUCCAAAUCAUGUUUAAUGGGCAUUCAGGUCCAGUCUUUUGCUGUUCCCUCAACAGUAAAGGUGAUGUUGCAGUUUCAGGAGGUGAAGAUGAUAAAGCUUACAUUUGGAGGACAAGUAACUAUCAAGUGAUAGGCCAGUUAGAUUUUGAAGAUUCAGUUAUUGAUGUUGGAUUCAACUGUGAUGAUUGUUUAAUUGCUGCUAUUGAUAUGGAAGGAUAUAUCCAAGUUUGCAGCUUAUCAAAUGGUGAACGAAUAUACGAUUAUGACAUUGGAGCUGAUAUCAAUUGGCUUCGCUGGCAUCCUAAUCAACCAGGAACCUUAAUGGUUGGCACUCAAACAGAAGUUUCUUACAUUCUUUCACUUGAUUAUACCACUAAAGAUUUGAGAGGCCCUGGUGCCGACAAUCCAGCGGGAAUAUUCUUCAAUGAUGGACAAAAGGUGGUAACUGGUUACGAAAAUGGUAAAAUAAGAAUAUGGGAUUUGACGGAAUCCAAACCGCUUCAUACAAUUAAACCUCCUUCUGCUCAUAAAGAUGCAGUCAUCUCCUUAGAUGUAACCAAAGAUGAUUCUUUGAUUGCUUCUGGAUCGCUCGACUCAACAGCUAAAUUAAUCAGCACCCAAUCUGGUAAAGUGGUGGCAAAUCUUGCCUGUGGAAUAAGUGAAGAUGAUAAAACAGUCGAUACAUCCAACUCAGUUGAAAGCCUGGGUUUCAAUAAUAUUUAUUCAGUUCUUGCAACAGGAUCACUCAACGGGCAUCUUGAAUUUUGGGAUAUUAGUACUCAAACGAAAAAAUCUACUUUCCAUUGUGAUCAGGGGAUUUCAAAGAUUGGAUGGUGUCCAAAUGUACCUUAUUUGAUUUGUUGUGCUGGUCUUGAUGGCAAUUUAAGAAUCGUUGACGGUAGAGAUGCAUCUUUGGUUUCUACCAAGACUGGACACGAUGACCAAAUUUUAGAUUUUUCAUUUGCCCUCGAUAAAGAUUUAAUAUUAACUUCCUCCGAAGAUGGAACUUGUAAGAUAUUUGAUUACGUUUGACGAAAAUAUAUUUAAAUAUUUCUCUUCGCUUUCUUGCCUAUUACAUUAGAAUUAAAGAUACCAAUUUAUGUUGAAUUGUAGAUAACAAAAUUUA